CGUGGAAUUUUUUGGUAAACUCGGAACAAAGAAAAGAAAAAUAAGCUAAUAUACAUUUUGCUUAUAUAUAUGGAAAACUGGAAAGAAAAAUAUAAAUACUGAACUGUUAAUUUUGUUUGUUGUAACAUAAUACAUAACAAAAUAUCGAAAUGCAAGUCUUUUUAUUGUUAGAUUUUGAGUGUGCUUAGAAAGAAUAGCACUAAGUUGAAAAGAAAAAAUAUGGAUAAAGAAUUAAGAAAAAAGCUGACUAAUUUAGGCCAUUUUGAAAUGACUGUCCCUGAGAAAAACAAAUAAGUCAUAUUGUGAAAUAUUUCACUCAAAUCGAAAAGAAAAAUUAAUUACGAGUUAUUGAUUUCAUCGUUGGAUUAGUGUGCUGCUGUACUUUUAUGAUUAUUAAUAGAAAAGAGAAACAAGAAAAUUACAAAUCAAUGGAUUAGUGGAAUAAAUAAAAAGACAAUUACGUAAUCACGAAGAUAUAUUUUCACAAAAAAAGGAAAGAAAAAACAAACGGUAACUACGCAAAAGAAUUGUGUUAAGUCUAAUUGAAAACAAGAGAGAAAACAAAUGACGUAAAACGUAAUAAACCCCCCAGAGAGGCAAGCAAAGCAAAAGAAACCCAUUUGUAUACCCCGAUUGCGGAUACACACAAAUACCAGUUUUGCAGUUAAUUGUUGAGGGAGAAUUACCAGAAAAUAUCAAGAAAAUGCCACGUAUAGUGCCAAUACAGUUAUUGAAAUGCCUUAAGGUAUUAUUAGAUGAUAAUGGCGGCAUAUUGAGCGCCGGAGAAGUCAAAAGAUUAGCUAGUUUGAUGACCAAAUAUUCCAAAAAAUUGGUUUCCAAAUGCAUUUAUGUGCAAAUUCUAAAAUGUACCAAAACCGAAUUGCUGGGAGAGUUUAUGGGCGCCGGUGGCUGGUCUUUGGUAUAUACCUGGUUAAAUGACGCCAUUCGUGCCAUGAAUUGGCCGCUGGUCCAAGAGAUAUUGGAAUUGCUGUUACUGUGUCCUGUGGAUGUCAAUCGCCUCAAGAUUAACUCGGCCCCAAAACUUGUAAAGGGUCUUUGCAAGGAUGGCGGUAAUGAAGGCGUACGCAUACUAGCUAAACGUUUAGUGGAACAGUGGCUUAAAGUUGUCACAGAAAAUCCCGAAGCUACAUUACCCAAUACGAUCACAACACCACCAGCUGUAACAUCAACGCCAACAGUUAACAAUAUGACACCACAAGCAACAGCAGCAGCAGUUGUUAAAUCACCACCUGUUGCAGUUGUUGCACCCAUGGUAACUCCUGUUAACAUAACACAACAAACAGUGGCAUCGACAAUAGUCCAGGCAAACAGCUUUAAUGCAGCACAACAACAACAAAAUAUGAAGGCAGGAAUUACAGCAAGACAGCCACAAAAUGCUGCCAAAACAAAAUCUAAAAUAAUUCCAAAACAGGAACCUCAAAAUGAAGAUGAGGAGGAGGAGGAAGAAGAAGAGGAACACGACGAAGAUGCCGAAGAAGAAGAUGAAUGCCAUGAGGAGGAAGAUGAAGAAAAAGAUCCCUUGGGUGAUGUUGCAGAACCCAUAUCAAACACAUCCUAUAGUCUAACUCCUGCCCAGAAAAAAGCCACAGAAUCUGGUUUGGUCUAUAAGAUUGUUGUGAAAAAUGGCAAUCAAUUCUUGGCCAAAGUUCCCAAAAACAGUAAUGACGAAACAGUAGUCAAGACAGAAACACCAUCAAGUGACAAAGAAGAAGAAGAAGAGGAAAUAGACGAAGAAGAUGACAUCAAUGAUGAGGUGCCAGAAGAGAAUGAAGCAGAGGAUGAAGAGUCUGUGGAAGAUACCACUGAUGCGGCUGUGGAUGACACUAAACCCAAUGAAAUUGAGGAAACUGAUGACAACAGCUCCUCUUUGGAUAAACCAGAAAAAGAGAAUGACAGCAACAGUGGUAAUGAGGAUGAUGCAAAGGUGAAAAACAAAUCCGAGGACAUAAAGAAAUCCGAGGACAAAAAAUCUGAUGAAUCCGAUAAAUCUAUGAGUAAAGAAGGUAAAAGUUCCAAGGACAAAGAUAGACGUAGUAGCAGCAGCAAUGAAAGAGAAAAGGACAAGGAAAGCAGCAAAUCCUCAAAAAGCUCCUCUUCCAGCCACAGAUCUUCGUCGUCUUCCAGCCACAAAUCUUCAUCGAAAAGUAGUUCUUCAUCAUCCAGCAAAUCCAAAUCAUCAUCGUCGUCCUCAUCCUCAUCACAUCGCAGUUCAAGUGAUAAACAUAAAAGCGAUAAGGAACGCUCUAGUUCCAGCAAAGACAAAGAACGUAGCAGUUCUAGUUCCAGUUCUAGCAAACACAGAUCCUCGUCAUCAAAGUCCAGUUCAUCUUCUAGUUCCAAAGAUAAAUACCGUGAUAAGGAAAAGUCAUCAUCAUCGUCCUCGUCAUCAUCUUCAUCAAAGAACAAAGAUAAGGAUCGUGAUUAUGAAAAGGACAAAAACAAUUUUUCGUCAUCGUCUUCUUCAUCUUCAUCUGGAGAUAAAUUAGCGAAACUAAGUAAAAAAUCCAAGGAUGACACAACAUCUUCAUCCACUGCUGCUAACAAUGAUGACUCCAACAAGCCCACAUCAAUAACAAUCCCCUCCAAAAAGGCAUCGAUGUCAAUUGAAAUUCGUAAAGAUGCCGAAAAGUCUAAGACCGUAAAAACCUACAAAUCUCAAUUCCGUUCCCAUGGUUUGACUGAAGAAGCUCCACCACCACCGUCGCGCAAAGGCCUUAAGAAACCCUCCUCUAGUGCUGUGACACCGGUUUUGGGCGGCUCCAUAUUACCCACAUCUCUGCCCUCUUCCCUGAAAAGAUCCUCGCCUCCACCGCGUGACUCACCCACAGAGAAGAAACCUAAAAUAGAUAUGAACAGUGUACCCUCUGCCAGCGAAAAGCCUGGAGCCAUUAAACUUAUACCCCCUAAGAAGAUACAAACCCUGGUUGAGACGAAUCUCUUCUCAGAUGCUCUGUCGGCAGCAACAGGACCCAAAAAAGUGGCAAAACGCAAACGUGCCAAUACCCCCUUACCUGCUACAGCAUCCAGUCCAGCGACCGGCAAGGAGGGUCCAUCACCUCCAACUAGUCCAGAUAUGCCUAAGGUUGCACCAUUGAAAUUCUAUCAAGAUACCUUGGAUGAAUCGAAGACAGAAGAUUCAAAAUCGGACAAAGAAAACGAAGAACAAGAUCAGACAACAUCAGCUAGUAAGAAAUCCACCGACGAUGAUCAAAAUACUGACAAGGAAAAUGAAGAUGAUGACGAUGACAUUCCAUUGAAGAAAGUCAAGGAAGAUAUAGAACAGAAGGUAGCCCAGGAAAAGAAGAAGGAUUUGGAGGAUGUCAGUGGCAGUGCAGGAGUAAUUGACAUUACCAAAGAAGGCGAGGAGGGGGUGAAGGCCAAAGAAGAUACAGCCAAUGAUGAUGCAUCUUCCGAUAAUACAAGUGAUGUUGUGGUCGUUAGGAAACCCGGUCCUGGUUGUGGUCCCAAUGGUCCACCCGGUGUUCUUAUGUUACAUCGUCGCAAGGGACCCAAGAAGAAGUUGACAUGGCGUCCCCAGGAAUCCCUGGAACAGAUACGCUUCUUUGAACUUGAUGAAAACGAACGUGUCAAUGUUACCAAGACCUCAUUUAUGGAUAUGAAAAAUUUGGAACGUUUCAAUGAACGUGAUGCCAUUGUAAUGGCUCGACGUGGAUUCAAUCAGGAAGAUAACAUGGAACCACAAACAAGCUGGCGGCCCUUAAUUGAAGUGGACGAUGUACCACCACAUCCCGACGGCAGCCAGUCGAAGCAAAGAAAAAUCCAAGCGGAACGUGAAAUGACUACAUUGCGGGCAUUGUACUUUACUCAUGCUCUCAUACCCGACUCGCCGGCUGAAGCUGAGAUUGAACCAGUUUUCAAUCAUGAUAUACCACUGAUACCCUUGGACGAUUUGACAGGAAAUCCAGAUGCUGUUAAUGACUUUACAAGCAUGCCUUGGCCAGAACCAAGGGGCUCACCAAAGGAUGGUGAUAUUGCCAUUAUGGCCGGCACCGGUGGUUUGGGCAGUCCUGUUGAUAUGUUUGGUGGUCCCAAGACAUUAAUGGGUAGUGCUUUACCUCCUAAUAAUGCUGUUGGUUUGGGUGCUGCAUAUGUGGCAGCUGCCGCCAAAGCAGCUCCCUUCAAUAAUAAUGUUAAUCCCUUCGGUGUUAAUACACCCAAUGGUCCACCAAUUAAUGCCAUGCAAAAUAGUCCACAAGGUCAUUGGCAAAGAUCACCCAAUGGCAUGGUAGGUGGCAAUGUACCCAUGAUGGGAAGCGGUGGUAAUGGCAAUCCAUUCAAUAACAGUCAUGGAAGUCCCAUAAUGGAUAUGGGUGGCCCACCCCGUUCCAUGGGUGGGGCUGGUCAUAUGAUGAAUAAUGGCCCCUCACCGAAUUUCAACAAUCAGUUCGGUCCCGGUAAUAACAACAAUCCAUUUGGUGGUCCAGGUCCAAUGAAUCCUUUCUCGGGACCUGGUAAUAACUUUGGCGGUCCCAAUAUGAUGAAUGGCCCCAACAUGAUGAAUGGUCCUAACAUGAUGAAUGGACCUAACAUGAUGAACGGUCCAAAUAUGAUGAAUGGCCCCAAUAUGAUGAAUGGACCCAAUAUGAUGAACGGUCCCAAUAUGAUGAAUGGUCCCAAUAUGAUGAACGGUCCAAAUAUGAUGAAUGGACCCAAUAACCGUAACAAUGGUGGUAAUUGGAGAAACAACUUCCAAGACAACAAUGGUGGCGGUGGCAAUUGGCGACCAGCUGGCCCUGGUCCAAAUAAUCGUGGAAAUGGUGGUGGCGGAAAUGGCAAUAACAAUAACGGCGUCUGUAAGGCUUUUAUGCGUGGUCAUUGCCGCCUAGGCAAGUCAUGUAAGUUUAUACAUCCUUCCAAGAGUAAACGCAUAUAGGAAUGGGCUGACUCUUCUUCGCCCAAUGAAGAUGAGACAACGUCGAUACAUUCCCCUGCGCUUGACCUCAAAUCAAAAAAUGACUGUGAUAAUCUUACUUAAUGUGUUGUUGCUGGAAUCCGGCCGACGCUUCAAGUUAGACCAUAAAAGCCUCUAUCUAGAGCAAGAAAGAAACAAUGAACUGCUGGAAGUUAUCCAGAUCGGAAGAGAGAGAUCUCAAAGACUGUUUUGUUAUUGCUGUAUCCAAUGCCACAUAACCAUGUUUAUUAAAAUAUAAUUUUUUUAAUGAAAAGCUCAUAAAUAUUAUGUUGAACUAUGAAUUAUUUCUAUAUUAGAAGUGAAGUAAAAUAUGUAAACUAAAAACAAAUCGUAUAAAAUAAA